CAUUGACCUGGUCAACCAUGUUUCACCAUGGAUUCUUUUGAAAAUUGAAAAUUUUCUAUCUUCAUGCAUACCCCCUUUUCUUUUUCUCUUUCUUUCCCACCAAACAAACAAAAAGUAAAACACAAAAUCAUCCAAAUACCCCCCCUCACCUUUUCUUUUUUAUGCCUUAGAAAAAGAUAAAUCUUUUUUUGAAGGGUUAAUCUUCAUGCCCUUCACAAAUAUGUCUCUCCCCAUCUUCCUACUUUGGCUGGUUAGCAUUCCCUUUUUGGCCCAUUCGUCCCCUUCUCAGCCUAGAGGCACGUUGGUAAGCUGUGGCUCGUCGACAAAACAGUCAAUACCCGACACCAGCCUCAGUUACAUCCCCGACGACGGCUUUAUAAACGUUGGGAACAAAACAACUCUCGAAAGCAAUGAUUUGCUGCCGAUCCUAUCCACGCUACGAUAUUUUCCCCAGAAAUCGGCGAGGAAAUAUUGCUAUACGUUCCAAGUGAUAAGGGGAGGGAAAUACUUGGUGAGGACGAUUUAUUUUUACGGAGGUUUCGAUGGAGGGAAACAGCCGCCAGUGUUUGAUCAGAUCAUCGGAGGAACAAAAUGGAGCGUGGUGAACACGACGGAGGAUUACGCCAACGGGAUGUCGUCGUAUUAUGAGAUUAUCAUCGGAGCUCAUGCGAAGACGUUGAGUGUUUGCGUGGCGAGAAGUAAUCAAACGGCGGCGAAUUCAAGCCCGUUUAUAUCCGCCAUUGAAGUGCUCUCGUUAGAGGAUUCCAUGUAUAAUUCUACUGAUUUUCGUACCCAAGCAUUGGUCGCUGUUGCGAGAAGUGCGUUUGGGAAUGAAGAUAGCAUAAGCUUUCCAGAUGAUCCAUACUACCGAUUAUGGCAACCAUUCACAGACAAGAAUGAAGUCGUUUCGACCCAAACAAUUGUAAGCAGUUCGGAUUUUUGGAACAAGCCACCGGAGAAAGCGUUCUCAAAGGCGAUCGCCGGAGGUGUGGGGAAAAAACUCGAGAUUCAAUGGCCGUCAGGAUCACUUCAGAGCACUAGAUACUAUGUUUCACUGUAUUUCCAAGACAAUCGGGCGGCGAGCGCCAAUGCUUGGAGAGUGUUCAGUGUUGCGGUAAAUGGGAAGACUUUUUACAAUAAUCUUAAUGUCUCAACUGGCGGCGUGACGAUUUAUUCAGCGGCGUGGCCAUUGUCGGGGCCGACUACAAUUACCUUGACUCCUGACGCUAAAAGUUCUGCCGGGCCGUUGAUCAAUGCCGGUGAAGUUUACCAGAUUCUGCCUUUUGGUAGAAGGACUCUUGCAAAAGAUGUGGCGGUAAUGGAGGAACUGGCUAGAAACCUCGACAACCCUCCACUUGAUUGGGUAGGUGAUCCAUGCUUGCCCCAAGAAAACUCAUGGACCGGAGUUUCUUGUUCCGUAAAAGAUACCGUUGCUAGAAUUAUCUCUUUGGAUCUUUCAAAUGCUGGGAUAUCUGGCACUCUACCUCUAACUGUAGACAAUUUAUCUGCACUCCACCAUCUUUGGUUAGGGGGAAAUAAAUUCUCUGGUUCGAUCCCCGAAAUGAAUUCUUUGCUUAAGCUUGAAACUUUGCAUUUGGAGAACAACAAUUUUACUGGGGAAAUCCCUCAAUCAUUAGGGGAACUUCCUUCUCUUCGUGAAGUGUUACUUCAGAACAAUAACCUUGAAGGUUCAGUUCCUGAACAACUUGCAACGAAGCAGGGUCUAAAACUUCAGGUGUCUCCUGGAAACCACCUUUCAAAAUGAGUGAAAAUGGAUCUAAAACAGCUACCAAAGUCUCAUCACCAAACAAAUGAUGUAAUUUUUUUUUUCAAGCAAUGAUAUUAAAAUCCAGCUCAAUGGAAUAUUGUAUCUACAUAAUAAAUGUUUUAAUACAAUAUUCAAAUAUUUAGUAUUAUUUAUUACACCAGAUAUUAAAUUAUAUAAUAUUAAAAUUUCUAGAAA